AUGUUCUGGAGAAUAUGUUUUGGAUUUUUAGCUUCUUUUAUCGCUGCUGGAAAUAUUCUCAUUAUCUGCAUAUUUUUUAAGCUGAGACGCCGAAAGCGUUCCUCGUUUCUUCUGAUAGGUUUGGGCGUGGCUGAUUUACUGGUUGGAGGACUGGCCAUUCCUCUUUUCAUAGCAGGAUAUGAAACCUCCUCAUUAACAACAGUGUUCGUGUUCGAACGUGUUGACAUUAACACACUUGCUGUUAUUUCCUUGGAGAGAAUGUUCGCAAUAGGUUGGCCACUUAGUCAUAGAACUCUAAACUUUCGUGUUUACAUCUGUGCCAUCGCCAUACCGUGGAUAAUAGCAGUAAUAUUCACUAUUCUCAUGUAUGCAAGCUCAAUCCUCGACAGCGACAGUGUAAUCUGCCUUCUCGUUUUGUUUCCCACUACACUUCUAUUGGUUAUGAGUGUAGCGUAUUAUGUCAUUUGGUAGAAACAGAAAUCACGCAUGGUUAACCACAAUCAUGUCAUUAGAGAAGUAAAACUAGGAAACACAUUAUUUAUAAUAACAGGAGCUUCUCUUUUAACAUGGCUUCCAUUUCAGAUUCUAAAUCUUUCGGCAUCUUUGCAUAUGAAUGCAAAUAUUCCUCAUAUGCAACUUAUGACACUAAUCGUCAAGGCUUUACAAUAUAGCAAUUCGUUCGUAAACGUAAUUAUUUAUCCACUAAGAAUCCCCGAGUUUAAAAACUGCCUGCUUCACUUACUUCGUUGUUGUGUAGUUCCCUCUCAGGUUUUUAACUCUGGGUUAUCUCCAUUAAUUGAGUCUGGGUCAGUUGUGUCCUUAGUAAGAUUUACAAGUACGCAGCUCUUAUCACCGAUCUCUAGGCAGGAAAGUGCGGUUUGAUGGCUUUAUUGUUGAAAUUCAUCACUCAACAAUUUUUACUGCCUCUAAGUGACAGAAUUGAGGGGAAAUCAUGCUUGUGAUAUAAAUCAGACUUCUGUUGAACGAUUGGACAUUUUGCUGAAACUUCCCAGGGUACACCGUGAAUCCUUAUCAUCUUUCCGUUUGAGUAUAAAAUUUAGAUUAUUUAAAGGAUCUCAAACUAGUUCAAGAUUAUGCCUCAAAGCCGAGGUAAAUCAGGAGUCCGAAAAUGGCGAAUUCAGAGUCCUUCACAUCAGCUGAGAUGAAUGAUCAUGAGGCUGAAGGUCACUCUUUCAUGCUAAUUCGAGCUCACAAAGUCAAUAUGAUACACCAGGGGAUGAAUAUAAUAAGAAAAGUGAAAUAUUUUAUGCCCUUGUUGAUCAUUAGAUUCAAGCAACGUAUAUAAUUCGUUAGCUCGGUGACAUUUUUCACACAUAAAAAAAGUUGCACUUUGGUUGUCUUGUGAUUUAAAAUAUUAUCAGACAGGAAAAUUGUAUUAAUUAUUAUUAAAUACAACUAAUUAAACCAAAGUUAAGCAUCUUUUAAUUUGCCGCUUUCUUCUCGUUUAUCAAUUAGUUUCACGUGGGUUACCAAAGAGAAACUUCACUUAGUCAUCUUGUUUCUCUUCGACGCCUAUCAUACUUGAUUUGAAAUAAAGUUAUACAAUGUACAAAACUAAGAGUAAGAGAGAGACAUUCAGUACUACAAAUGUUCAGGAGCCAUUCCCUACAAUGUUCCAUUGCACACUUGUAUAUUAUAUAAGUGCUUGAUGUAAAUUGUUAAAGACUGUUGAACGCGGCCAAGUUGCCUCGUGUUGUAAAUAACUCUUUGAUCUGAGGUAAUAAAUAUUGGAUGAAAAAGUUUGCCGUAAUUCCCGCCUCACUUACCUCAUAUUUCACUUAACUACAAUAAGAAAAGAUGGCCAACCGAAGUUUCUGCUAUCUGUAAAAAGCAGUCUGUAAAGCGGUAAUUAAAACCAGGUGAACAUAAAGAGACCCGUAAUCACUUCCUCUCUCCCAAAACAAGCUUCUCCUGACAUCCACUGGUAUGAGUUAGAGACUAAAAAGAAGAGUUUUUAAGGAAUUAACUGCUCACGAGGUGUUUUCAUUGAUUUAAAUUUACCAUGUUAGCUGUUGGCUAAUCUUGCACAAAAAAAUCUGCUGGAAUAACCAUAAUUUCCCAGAUUUUCUGUUCCCUUUGCAGCUGUAUGAAAGCUUUGAAUUGAUAAAUUAUUAAAGUUAAUCAAUAUUUUUUUGCAACUACUACGGACCGUUGAUAUUUUCAAAACUAGUUGUACCUGUGAAUAAAAAACAAGUUCUUCAUCGAAGCUAUAAUUGAAAAAAACAACUAGCAACGGCGAGUUGACGACAUAACACUUGAUUAUCGGUUUGGAUACGAAGAUAUCGAAAAGCACAAAAUAGCAGGGUAUUGGACCAGAACGAGAAAACCGAACGUAAAAUAAAGAAUAUUAUUAUCCAACUGCACCAAGUAGAGUACAAACAUCGCGGGAAUUGAGAACAAAUAUCCUGCGAUUUUGUACGGUUAUUUGGACGGUCGGUUAUUUUGUACUGUAUAAAAACCUGUUUAAGCAGUCGGCUUCGCGUGUUAUGUUAUAAAAUAUUUGAUCAUGAUCAAACGGAUGCACGCGGGAAGUUUGAAGAGCACCCAGAAAGCUCAAGUUAAAACUCUUAUUAAGCUUCUCCCGUGCUCUCCAAACUUCCCGCGUUCAUCCGUUUGUCGAUUGGCGAAGCACGGUUCUUGUCAGUUCGUUUACCAUUAGAAAUGUGGAAGGUUUCCCGUGAAAACAUCGUUUAAGGUUAUAAGCCUGUCUCAAUACUUUUUCUGCGCUUCAUUCGGCCAGUAAUCGCUUUAAUGCCAAACGAAAUCAUGAAGUAAUCUUUGCCCAACUUCAGGUAUGAAUAUGCAUAUGAAUACGCUCAUUUAUUUAUUACUAUUGUCAUGACAAUGACAAUCAUUAUCAUAAUUAUUUGAAAAAAUCUAUAUUUCAAGUGCUAAAAUCUACUUACAAUAGAAUCUAUAAAUCUAAAUUUUUACAUAUGUCGAUAACAAUAAAAUGUUAAAUAAAAAUACAUUACCUAUAUGUUUGUUAAGAAAAAACAAAAUAUAUUUAUAAUCAUCAUUGUAAUGAUGUUGUUAUAAUAAUAAUAAUAAUAAUAAUAAUAACAAUAACAUUUUUAUCGUUAUUAGUAUUAUUAUCAUUACCAAUAUUAUCAUCAUUGUUUCUGUUAUAAUUAUUUUUCUUAGUAAUAAUUUUUUUUUUCGAGUUGAGGCGCAAUUUGGCCGAAAUGAAUAUUAUAAUCAAGUGAGGAGACUUUUGUAUUAAUAGCAUUAUAAGCAUUACUUUUAGCAAUUCUGUGAGGAAUUUAGAUAAGCAUAAUGGAAAGCCUUCCAUGACCCGGCUUCCUUCGGUCUCAUUUACCUAGCAAAAUCUUAAAAGAAUACACAACUAUUCGCAGCUUUUAUACUUCUCAUUCAUAAUCUGAAAGUAAAGUGUCUCACGUGACAACUUCGAAUGUAAGUGGAGCUACAUGAAAACUACAAUACAGCAGUCGUAUUAGAAGAUGUCAUGCUUCAAGUUAAAUCAACACAAAUGCAAAUGGCCCAGAAAUAUCAUCGACAAUGGCUGUAAAGCAGACAAGAAAAUUGGAGAAACCUGAUCCAUGAAAUAAUUUCGCUAGCCAGGAAGUCGGCAAUGGCUUAAUUAUCUCGUGGGUAAGAACAGUUUUUACAAAAUUUGAAACUAGUUUGCUACACGAAUUAUGGAUUUUAAGCCAAUCAAUUGAAAUUUAUCGUAGCAGUUUGCAUAAACGUUGAUUAUGACAGUCUCAUUGAAAUUCUUUCUCAUUAAAGUAAUUAUUCCGACUUGUUUUAAGCCUUAAUUUUACUUUCGUUUCGUUACCAUCUGCGCGGUUUAUUUGGAGUCAUCGCCAGCAAAACCUUCUUAUCACAGGUAUGAUGAUAUUUUCUAUUGUAAAUACUUCAAAGGCUAUUGAAUACAUUCACUUGUGAAUGUUGUCAUAGAGGGUUAGGAAAAUCUUCUACUUGAGCACACGUUCUUUGAAAAUUUAGAGUUAAUUGUACUUGAUAUUCGGCCUACAGUUACAUUUUAGAACAUACUCCUUUUCCAUUCAGUAUGCAUUUGCGACUCCUAUCUAAUCUUUCCAAAAAACUGAUCGACACAACUCCACAGUCUCUCGAGUGAGAAACCUCCUUCACUUAUUCUCUGAAAUUAAUAUUCCUAUUUCGAUAAUUUAGAUGAUUGCGUGUUGCGAAGUAUUUCGAACAAUACGAGAAAUGUUCACUCGUUUUAUGCGAAAUUUAUUACUCCACCAUUAUUUCAUUUUCUUGUAUUUUUACCUUCAGUUUUCGAAACACCUUACAUGCACAGCCUUGUUUGAGCAUCAAAUCAAUCCCAUAAUACCUGUGCGAAAAUAGAAAACAACCCAAUCGAAACUCUAUAAAUGUUAGCUACGAUCGUCAAAAAUCUCCUUCGCUUUAAAUAUAUUUACGUGAAAAUUCAAACCGAUAAAAAAGGGAAAAGAUUUGGAUCGUUCAUCGCGGCCAUUUUCAGGCUCCGUCUUUUGAGCGUGUAUUUCUCUAUUCUGCAAGGUAAAAACGAGGCACAUGUUAUGGUAAAAUGGCGCAAUAAUGGAGUGUUCUAAAACAAGUAUGUAGCCUAAGAGUUGAAUAAGUCUUGGGGUUCGGCUUAAGCUCAAGACAGUCAGCCGAAAGCAAGUAUCUUAAAGACAUUUGGUAUAUAGUCUGAAUGACACUCCCUGCAUAGGUUAGCUUUACUUUCUACUUGGAAAAUAAAUUUUGCAUAACAUAGCAAUUAAAUGAAAUUCAUAGUAUUUUGCCUUGUGGAUGAAAUCGAAGUAAAAAAAAAAAUUUUCCGGUGAGCUUCAAUUGAAAAAAAUUGCAGAAAGGAAGUCUCAAUAGAUUCAGGCCUCAACUGGAAUCAAGAGAAACAAGUUUCUUCCAAAUAUUAGGGCAGUACUACCAACUGAGCUACGAAGCCAUACGUUGGCAGCGAAGCAAAAUUUAACAUGAUAAAUAUUAAAAAAAAAAGAAUAAAAAUUCGCGUAACAUAGUUGAAAUCUUGCUUUGUUUUGACUCUCCAGCACCAUCAUAUAGGGAAACAGGACCCCACUGCCAUGAAUUUCAACACUCGGAAUAUGUUCUGGAGAUUAUGUUUUGGAUUCUUAGCAACUUUGUCAUUACGGGAAAUAUUCUUAUCAUCUGGAUUUUUCUUAACCUGAGACGCAGAAAGCGUUCCACAUUUCUUCUGAUCGGUUUGGGCGUGGCUGAUUUACUGGUUGGAGGACUGGCCAUUCCUCUUUUCAUAGCGGCAUUUGAAUCAGCUUCAUUAACAGCAUGGCGUGUUUUCAACCUUGUUGACGUGUUUACAAGUACAUCGUCCAUUUAUGCACUUGCUGUCAUUUCCGUGGAGAGAAUGUUCGCCAUCGGUUGGCCUCUUCGUCAUAGAACUGCAAACUUUCGUGUUUGUAUGCCAUUUCCAUACCGUGGAUCAUAGCAGCAAUAUUCACUGUUUUCACUGAUGCAAACUUCAACUUCAUUACAAGUGACAGCGUAAUCUACCUUCUAGUUUUGUUUCCUGCAACACCUCUAUUAGUUAUGUGUGUAGCGUAUUAUGUUAUUUGGAGGAAACAAAAAUCACCAAUAUGUAACCAUAACAAUAUCAUCACAGAGACCAAAUUAGCAAACACAUUAUUUUUGAUAACAGGAGCUUCCGUUUUCACCUGGCUUCCAUUCCAGACUUUUAACAUGUUGGUAAAUUUGCAUGUUUUUCCAUCUUUUUCUUACCUGCAACUGACAGCAUUCAUGGUCAGGGUUUUACAAUACAGCAAUUCGUUUGUGAAUGUAAUUAUUUAUCCACUGAGAAUCUCAGAGUUUAAAAACUACCUGGUUCACUUACUUCGCUCGGCUGUGCGGUCCUCUUUCAGUUUUUAAACUCUGGGGUAUCUCCUUUAUCUGGGUCUGGGUCUGGGUCAGUUGUGUCCUGAAUAAGAUUUACGAGUAUGCAGUUUUUCUCACCGAUCUAUAAGCAAGAGACUGUAGUUUGAUACAUUUAUUUAAUAACUUUUAGUGAUACAAUUUUUGGGAAAUCGUGCUUGUAAUUCAAAUCAGACUUGUGCUAAGCGACUGGACAUAUUAAUACAUUUUGGUUAUUCUUUGAAUUUUUCUUUAUCAUCUCUGAUCUGUUUGAGUGUAAAAGUCAGAUCCCUUGAUAAAUCUCAAACUAGUUCGAUGCUAAGGUAAAUAGAGGUGUGUACUCACCGAGAACGAACGCAUAUAUCAGACACUCUCACAUCAGCUGAGAUAAUAGCCUUGAUAAGUAUCCCUAAAGAUGAAGUACGAGUGGCAAUAUCAUCAGACAAAACUGAAUAUUCAUAGGAUUCUGACGUUAUCAGACCGGGAAACACCGUACCGCCAAGCUCAAAAGGUCACUUGUAAUGUCCAAUGGUAAGUUAAGAUAAAAAAAAGAUGAAAAAAAAAGUACAAUAAUUCAUGCCUUCUUUGCUCAAAGCAACCUCCACAAUUUGUUAAACCUGAGAAUUUUUAUGAAUGUAGCGCAAAAAAAGAUUUAGUUGUAUUCUGAAUUGUUUCCUUUGAAAAUAUUAUCUUUUCGAAGAGAUUAUUUGAAUAAAUUUAAGAUACCUUUUCACCAAGGUUCACUAUUUAAGUAUUAUUAACACCUUCUUCUCGUUUAUCAAAUAGUUUCCUCAUAGGUAUCCAAAGAUAAACUUAAAGCCAACAUGUUCCCCUUCGACACCUUAAAGGCGGAUAGUGCAAAUCACUUUCGAGUUUGCCUAUAAGAAGGUGUGAAACUGAUACAUAAGAAGUAAUAAAGAAUCACCACUUAAUUAAUUGAUAACUUUAUUAGAUAAAUCAAUCACUCAAUUUUGGCUCAUUUGGUAUAAAUGUGCAAUGUACUCCUCGAUUUGGGUAAUAAGAAAUAUGAGAGAUAGAGGGAGGGAGAGAUAAAGAUUCAUUACCAUCACCGUUGCCCGUUUCAUUCUUUACUUUUUAUAUUAUGUUAGUGCUUGAUGUAAAUUGUUAACGACUGUUGAAAAUAGCCAAGUUGCCUCAUAUUGUACACAAUUCUUUAUAAUAAAUAUUGCAUCUAAACAAUUUGGCUGCUUGCACCAUCUCACUUACCUCAAAUAGCUCAUUGAACCACAAUAGGACAAGCUUAUCGAGAAUAUAUUUUGCUUGAGCUAUGACCGGGAAAGUCAAUCAGUUUAAGUUUCUGCUAUCUGUGAAAGCAGCUUGUAAAGCGGUAAUUUAAAUCAGGUGAAAAAAAGGCCGGUGUGAGUGCAUUGUCUCAGGAAGAUCGAUGGCUCGUGUCGACUUCUUUGGUCAGUGUUAGUGGUUGAACGUCAAUCUAUACACUUGUAGUCAUUUCCUGGAGAGAAUGUUUGCCAUCGUAGGGCCUCUACGUAGCAGCGUCCGUCAUUUCGUCAUUAAAUGUGUGCUUUUGCCGUACCGUGGAUCAUAGCAGCAAUAUUCACUUCUCUAACGAUUCUUGACUUCGAGGUAAUUACAAACCUCUAACUUAAAAAUGUAUUUUCCUCUUGUUCCUGACCACACCAUUGCUAACGAUGUGGGUCGCGUAUUUUAAUAUCUGGAUAAAAAAAAAAUCCCCAAAGGGAAUCCGAAAUCCCAGAGCUGCAAGAGAAUCAAAAUUAGCCAACAUAUUAAUUCUGAUUACGAGAGCUCCACUUUUAGCUUGAUUCCAUUUCAAAUUUGGAAUAAUUUUGUUGUUUUGAAAGGUUUAAGGAUUUCAUUAAAAGCGACGUACCUCAUAAUUAAGCUUUCAAAGUUCAGCCACUAGCUUGUUCAGCAACGAGCUUGCUGAUUUAUCCGCUAAAAAUUCCAGAAUUUAAGACAGCACUUUCUAAGAACAUAUCAGGGCCAUGAGGCUCCAUUUACGAGACCAAAAACUGAGCUUUUCCCACCUGCUGUUCUUUUGACUAGAAUCGCAUGAAAGUGUUGCUAACUGGCACAUUUUACACCAAGUAUGGCAAUUGGCUUUCAUGUAAUGUUGUGGAUAACUUAAAAGAAGUGAUAUAUUAAACUGUCAUCUCUUGAAUUAUAAGCAUUUGAAACGCCUUGAGAAAGUUGCAAUAUCCCUUCUCGCGUGAAUUGAUUUUAAGCUUUAUCAAUAAAGGGCAAAAUUACUGAGCGCUGAUUGGUUGAGAGAGAGGGCAUUUUUUCUUAAUCGAGGGCAUUUUUAGUAAUCAAGAGAGGGCAUGAUUACCUUGUUCAGUUAAAAGCACUUUGUUGUUUUUCUGUUGGCAGAAACGCUCUGUUGAAAUGAGCUUUGUUUUCUAGACUUUUGGCAGUGUAUCACGACACAGUUUUGGAGAAUAAAAUUUCAUUGAAUCGAUUGGUCAGUUCAAUUUGAUUGAUGAUUUGCCGUAGCGCUAAACAGGCUUCCCAGAUAAAAAUAGACUGCGCGCGUGAUUUUCCUUCGUAUAAAUUUUGCCCUUUAUUGAUAAACAAGUAAUCCCAUGAGACCUCGUACUAUUAAGGAUUAAUUGCACUUGAGUUUUCAAAAUUUUCCAAAAUUGCCCUCGUCGCUUCGCGACUCGGGCAAUUUGGAAAAUUUUGAAAACUCUCGUGCAAUUAAUCCUUAAUAGUACUUGGCCUCAUGUGAUUACAUAUACUAAUGUAUAGUUUCAAAUGAAGCAGCUUUGACUGCCAUAAUCCUAGGUAUACACAAUACAAUACAAACUUUAUCAGCACACCCCAGGGGGGCUUUUUUGGUAAAAGUAAUCAAUCUAGAUUUUUGGAUUAGAUGUUAAAAUCCGCUUAUGUACGCAUUACAAAUUCAGCUUUUACUCUAUAUCUUUGGUAUCUCGUUAUAAAUACUUUCCCACAUUUGCGACGUUGCAUCCUCUUAGUCGGCAAAUCAAGUAGACCCUCUGUUUAUUUAUUUUGGAAGUAGUUACCAUUUUUUGGAUACAAACACGUCCUAUAUAUAUUUGAAUGUUUCCGUUGAUCAGAUUUUACAGCGUGAAGUUUGAUUUCAUGACUGGCUAAUCCCAAAAAAACGUUGUUGCGUAAGCAGCUCCUUGCAACGUUGAAAUUAAGUAAUGGCAAUACACCUGCCGUUUUAUUGGUGCAGCACCAACAUAUAAUCUCUAGAACUCAUUUCUAAAGCAACGCUUCGAAAGUGGAAGGAUUAUAUCGCUACGAUCGUUUAUUAGUUGAAAAUACAUACAGCAUCAACACCAAGUGGGAAUGGAACGAGAUGAGUUCCGUCACGUGGGAAAUUCCAUUUCAUUCGACGUGUGAAAAUAUUGCUAGGAAAUGUUCAUUCGGCCAAUCUAAGGUCUUAGUCGUCUUCCUGCUUCGCCGAUGUAUAACUUAUUGCAAUAAGUGUAAGUUAUGCAGCGAAUAACAUUGGCGGAGGUACACGUAAAGUGAUCAAUGAUCUUAAUGGAUCUCUUGGGUCCCGAUAUUUUAUCUACUUUAUGAAUGAAAGAACAAGUUUUGCAUCGUGAGCGAGCGCAUUUGAAAGUUCCAGAUUGAUCACUGGUUUGAAAUGAACUCCUGACUAAAGAGUUGCCUAUGUUUUUGUCACGUUUGAAUGAAAUAAAUGGGGGUUGCGAAAAGAUAGUGCCCUUCUCUGAAUCGUUUUGGAGUAAUUUGAAAUUUUAAAGAAUGAUGGAUUUAACUGCGUGGUUGUGAGGGUGAAAUGUAAGAGUAAAUGGAAUGCGGUCAGUGUUAUCCUUCUCAGCCGUUUGUAGUGCUGACUGUCGAUCAAUUUGUUGGGCACGGUGGUGGCCCGCUUGAACGACAGAGACAGGAUAGCCACGUAUGGAGUUCUUGACUUGUGAUGGAUGUGAAGAUGAAUACAACUGUAUUUAUGUAUUCAUCUUCACAUCCAUCACACGUCAAGAACUCCAUACCUUUUUCACAGUUUCUCAGACUUCGUCGUUUAUAUGAAACUGUAGGUUUAUAGUAAACACUAGUGCAUAAAACGUUGCCUUCGAUUGAAAUUUUUAUGUCUAGAAAAGCCAAAGAAGUGUCGGAAAUUUCCCAGGUAUAUUUAAGAGCCGGAUGAAAGGAAAUGACGGCGGUUAUAAAUUGAGUGAGCUCCUCUUUGGUAAAGGAGGUAGCGCCGAUCCAAACGUCAAUGUAACGGCCGUAGAGUUCAGGUUUUGGGCCGUGGUGUUGACUAAAAAAUUGAUGUUCGAUAAAACUUACAAAAGAUUGGCGUAGCUGGGUCCAUAUGCGUUUUAGUACCCAUGGCUACGCCAUUAGUUUUUGUAUGUAGUAGUUGCCACCGAAUGAAAAGCGAUUGAGUGUGAGCACUAGUUCGGCUAGACGGAGUAGUGUUUCAGAGCUGGCUUAACAGUGCGAUGAUCGAAGAAAUGUUUGAGGGCCCGGAGACCUUCGUCAUUGGGAAUGACAGUAUAAAGAGAUAUUAUAUCCAUAGUAAAAAUAAGUUUGUUUUGGCCGAGGAAACUAAAGUCACGAAAAAUUUCAAGUGCGUGUUGGCUGUCCUUGAUGUAAGACGGUAAAGUUUUGACGAUAGGUGCCAUAAUUUUAUCUAAAUAGCUGGAAAUAAGUUCGGUGGGACAACUGCAGGCAGAAACGAUGGGUCGACCUGGGUUGUUAGGUUUAUGGAUUUUAGACAGCUACGCGAAGGAAACCUUUGUGAGUCCCGAGGGGAUCGUCGGCUGUCAGAAAAUUUAGAAUCAAUUCAGUCAUGAUUAAGAAAGAGAAAAUUAGUCCUUUCACGCACAAUGGAAAAUGCUGAUAUUAUGACGCGCCGCCUUACCCGGGACAUUUUUAUAACAAAGAACGAUAUUUGAGACGACAUGUUGCCGCUUCUACUUAUUUUGUCUAAGUGCGAGCUUGGGUCUUGAAUAAAUUUAUCUCAAGAAUUUUCUUCACCUAGGGACAUUUUUAUGACGAAGGACGGUAUAUAGGACGGUAUGUUGCUGCUUCUAUUGAGUGAGAUUGUAUCUUGAACUAAUUUUAUCUCAUGAAUAAUAGGUUAUGUAAAUCAGAAAUUUAUUAGUGACUCUUAAUGACACAAUUGUAAAACCGCUCUUGUCUCCCAAAACCUAGACAAAAUUCGUUUAGAAAGGAAGAUUGAUUACAAAGAUCUUUAGGCUGUUCUCUACAUUGUCACGCUUGAGAGGUGUGGUGUCCAAGCAAGCAAAUUUAAUAUUCACAAAAUUACGAGACAACCUACGACUGAUAUAACCUACACACACAAGUCUCGUAUUCGGCGCACGCCUGUCUCGACAUUAGCAUUCGUAAUUUGACAAGUGCAUGACAUUUUCACAAGUAUGCCACUCCUUGACAGCUAUGUUACAAUCGGGAUAAAGAAAACUUGUUUCACUUCACGUGUUCGUGAAAGACAAGCGGAAAAAAAAAAACAUAAACUGAACGACAGUAGUGAGCAGAAAUGAAAUGCAACGCUCUUCGAUGAAUCGGAAUUUCCUGCUCUGACUCGAAAAAAGGAAAGGAAGAAUUUUUAUCGGAGAAUCUUUUUUGUGGUUAUCCCCACCCACGCCAGGGGCUGUCCUGGGGAAUUCCUAUUGUUUUCAUAUCCACGCAUGGAGUUGUGACGUAGUUCGUUAAUGUUUCGUUCCUUUGUGUACCGGUACACGAGGACACAACCCACGCCAGCCUAUCGCGUCGUAUUUAAGUAAAAACAAACUUUUCGAAAUAUUCAAAAGUUAUUCAUGGUCAUAUGAUAAAAUGCUUAUUGACUGAGUCGAGUCAUACAUAAUCCCAAUUUACAUAUAUGAAGUUACCGCUUUUUCCGGUUAGAAAUCUUUGUUAAACACCGCAGUUUAUAUGAUAGUUUGCAUUUAUCAGUCGGACCAGCCCAAUUUUCACAACUUCAGUGUUUUUCUAGCAAAAUAAUAGUUUUCUCAAGAGCUUUGGGAAUAAUGACGAAUAAUAAACAAUUCAUUCUUUUUAAUACCUCGCCUUUCAACUUACCACCUGCUACAAGUUACAGGUGACAAUAGGCCAGAUAUGUCAUUAAUAAAAACGCUGAUGAAAAUUCGCAAUCAAGCUUAUGCAAGGAAAGAGUAAUUUUCUGGGGUUAUCUUUCAAUGAAAAAGACGAAGUAUUUCGAAAACGGUAAACUUAUAUGUAAUUCGGCAGAAUAAGAAAAUUAUUUUUUUCUUGAAAUCAUAGUCAAACAUACAGAUGUUUCAGUCUUUAUUGCAUUUGUUAAGGCUUUCGUCAGGCAAUUGUGUGUCUUGCAGACGUCACUAUGAGGAAGUUAAAAAUACAUCAAACGCUCCUGGCCCUUCCGCUGUUACCUUAAAAAUGGGCAUAGGCAUAGAAAGACCUUUCCUACUCUGAAAUUUAUAGAAAAUGAACAGAAACUGUGGUAUUUAAAAGGGAAAAAAGCAUUUUGCUCUUAGAAGAACCUUAGUUUGGAUGAGUUAAUCUUGAACUUUGGAGAAAAAGUAUUUAUUAGCCACUUCAAUACCGUUUUGGGGAAAUUUUCCUGCGGAAUUAAGGUUAGUUACGGUAUCUCUAGUAAUUCAUUUUUCGCUUUUUAAACCUAAUUUUUAACUCUCUGCACUGUGACAGGUGAAGACUGGUAGAAUUAAAAGACAACAGUUCCAACCUUGCAAAGAAGUUUGACCGCCGUUAAGCUAUUACAAAUACCGUCCCAUAUUCUUCUGUGAUCUGAGUUGUUUUCAUCGAAUCUCAGCGUAAGGUAAAGCUUUCGCUAAGUCUAAUUAGAAUUAUCUGUGAAUGCUUAAGCUGGCAAAAGCUUUCGCUUGGAUCGCGGACAGUUCACAUAAUUGUCACAUACUCCUCGCAUAAGAAAAUUCGAAUUACGCAACUAACUCGCAGCCAGCUGUUCCUUGAAGCAAAUAAAAUAAGGGCUUUAGAGUUCUUUACUAUUAAUUUUGAGAAAUUUGGUCGAACUCUCUAAUUCUUAUCGUGAGACAAAGUUUAAAACUAACGGCGCCGCAGAUAAAUUCAGCAGCACAUUUGUGACUUUAUCAUCACCGAAGUAAGAUGAUUAUUUUUCCUCAAAUAUUUUUGGUGUGGGAAACAGGAGUGAAGCAAUCUUCUACUUUUCUCAAGUAGAGUAGUGAAACUCCACAUUUACAUUUAUUUAUCAAUUGCUCUCACCAUCUUUGCGGAGAGUCAUUAAAAAUAGAAGCAAAUUAAUCUAAUUUAGUCGGACUGCGUUAUUAACGAAUAUUUGCUUGGUCUCUUUCGCUGAUGAGAUUCCUUUGCUUUUUAACCCUUCAAAGAGACCUAAAAUGGUGGUAGGGAAUUCUUAGGUAGAUACGUACUCUAUUUUUCUUUACUGUAUAAUGGAUAGGUGUACGUUUCCAAGAGUCGCAAUUCGACCAGACCUGUGAAACAGAGAAGAGAGAAUAAUUGCUGGGACUAAAGCUUAAAUAAAUCUUGUUUAGAGGAGUAAAUUCUGGCUUUCCCAUGGAGUCGUUAAUAACAUAAGAGUGAUUGAGGAGACUCCUAGUAUAACUUUAGGGUUUCUUUAGGUCUCACAACUGAUAUUAUACUGUAUCACAUAAACUGCGGUGUUAUACAAGGAUUUCCGGCCCUGAGAAAAGCCGUCACAACGCACGUGAAAAAAUAUCAUACUUUUUUACGUGUGUUGAUAUAGCCAAUCAGCUGUUGACACGUCACUCGCCUUUGGUGCCCCUCGGUCAGGUUGAUGAAUAAACGGCAAAGACUUCAUGACUCUCAAUACAAGUUGUUUGCCGAAGCUUUCGCGAAUUAUGGUGGCUAAAACACUAAAAAAUCAGUAUCGUUGACAGAAAUGAGGUUCAAACUUUCCUAGAAGAGGAAGAAAACCAAUAUAUUAAAAAAAUAAACCGAAAGUUGCACAUUCAGAGGCUUAAGUGUUAGCAUUUCUCUCGGCUGAGAAUGAAAAUCGAUAAUUGGAAGAUUUGCCACUGGCUGAUUUUAGCCGUGUACCUGAAAUACUUCUUCUGUCGGUAAGGACAAAGUCAAUAAAUGAAAAUUUUCUCGUGUUCAAUUCGGCAUCUCACUCGUUCGCUGCGCUCGCUCAUGGGCUAUCGAGUUGAACACUCGAAGAGAAAUUCCAUAUCUACGCGCGCCCAUGUAUUAUUCUCUAUUUAAAACUACUCUUUGGAAAGUUUAUGGUAGUGAAUCAAUUUGAAUUUUACCUUGAUAUUGAAAAUACCUUUAAGAAUCCUGCAUGAUACCUUUUACAUUAGUCAUCGAUGCAUCAACCUCGAGCCGACCAUGAAGUCUAAAAAAAUUAAAAGCAAAAUGUGUCUCCAGCUUGUGACUCAAAGACACUGAUAAUUGUUAUUUGUUUCGAGGGUUCCCUACGAUGUCUUGUGAAUCACCUUCACGAGAAACCUUAAUUUGCUGCUGAUAAAAAGCAUGACGAGUCAGUAAAUUAUACUGAUAUUUGGAACAGCACUACUCAAUUACAUCGCUUUUACCAAGUCAUACAUCAAAAGUGAUAUGCAUGCAACCAGACUGUACUCUGACUCUUUUCGUUUGAACAUCCCAUCGGUAAGUUUAUUUGAAUUAGUUCAAUAUACCUUUAAGCCGAGGUUCAGUCAUUUUAGCAUAAUUUGCCACCUUCUUCUCUUUUAUCAAAAAGUUUACUCAUCAGUGCCAUCGUGUUUCCUUUCGACACCUAAGAGCUGGAUAAUACAAAUCACCCUUAAAUUUCCCACUAAGAACGUGCGAAAAGUACUAUUCAAUCACAUUGCUUUUACCAAGCCAUACAUACACAAUGUUCACAUUUCGAUAUAUUUAUCGUUGUAAAUUGCUAUUCCUAUGCUAUUGCCCAUGCUAUUCCUUAAAACAUGUUCAAUUUCUUAACGGUUCCUCCCGUAAAUUAACACGGAGUCACACAACAUGUGACGCUUUCAUGAAUUAAUCGUUUGCUUUUUAUCAAGACGUGAGCCUGGGAAGCCUUUGUUCUCACGAGUCUGCACUCGAAUUAUCGAAAGAAGCGUUGCAUCUCUCUGCUGUUUUUCUUUCGAUAUAUUAACGAGUAAAGUUAGAAAUUAACCAAGUGCUAAUGUUGAUUGGUCGAUGUGCUCUCGUGGGGAGUCCUAGUUCGCGGUAAAUUCAGACUAAAAAUAGACUUGUCUGUGAAAACACCGUGACAAAAAUACAGAGCAGUUGUGGGCUCCAAGUGUUGGGCCCCUGCCAGAACUACGCUCCGAUUGAGUGCUAUUUGUAAGGUCAUUCAUAGAUAAUUCAAGGGUAUUGCGUCAAGUGCAAACUUCUGCUCCGCAGUGUUCCUCUUCUCCUCGCUGUUUCAAGACGGGUCAUCUAUUGCGUCACGUAUCGUCACGUGUCCUAACGUUUUCGUUCCCUUUGCAGCUGUAUGAAAGCUUUGGUUACUUACUAAAGUCAACCAAACUUUUUUUGGCGACUACUACGAACCGUUGAUAUUUUCAAAACUAGUUGUACCUGCGAAUAAAAACAAGUUCUUCAUCGAAGCUAAAAUUGAAAAAAAACAAAAUAAAAAAACAAUUAGCGACGCCGAGUUGAAGACAUAACACUUGAUUGUCAGUUUGGAUACGAAGAUAUCGAAAAGCACGGAAUAGCAACUAAAUACCCAGGGUAUUGGACCAGAACGAGUAAACUGAACGUAUAAUAAGAAUAUCAUUAUACAACUGCACAAAGUAGAUUACAAAUAACGGGCGAAUUGAGUACUUAUAUCUUGCAAUAUUGUACGGUUAUUUGGACACUUGGUUAUUUUGCACCGUAAAACAACCUGUUUAACCAGUCGGCUUCGCGCGUUAUGUUAUAAAAUAACUGGUUCAUGCUUUAAGCUAUGCAACUUCAUAAGUUUGAAGAGCACUCAGAAAGCUAGAGUUAAAACUCUUACGCUUCUCUCAUGCUCACCAAUCUUCCCGCGUGCAUCCAUUUGACGAUUAGCGAAGCAUUGUUCUUGUCAGUUCGUUUACCAUUAGAAACGUGGAAAGUUUCCCGUAAAAACAUCGUUUAAGGUUAUAUAAGUUUCUUCUAAAUAUUAGGACAGUACUAAAACUGAGUUACGAAGCCACACGUUGGUAGCGAAGCAAAAAUUUAAUAUGAUGAAUAUUGAUAAAAAGAAUAAAAAUUCAUCUAACAUAGUUGAAAUCUUCCUUUGUUUUGACUCUCCAGCAUCAUCUAUAGGGAAACAGGACCCCAUUGCCAUGGAUUUCAAAACUUGGAACAUGUUCUGGAGAUUAUGUUUUGGAGUCUUAGCAACUUUGAUCAUUACGGGAAAUAUUCUCAUCAUCUGGAUUUUUUUUAAGCUGAGACGCCGAAAGCGUUCCACAUUUCUUCUGAUCGGUUUGGGCGUGGCUGAUUUACUGGUUGGAGGACUGGCCAUUCCUCUUCUCAUAGCAACAUAUAAAUCAGCUUCAAUAACAGUAUGGCGUGUUUUCGACCUUGUUGACAUGUUUACAAGUACAUCGUCCAUUUAUGCACUUGCUGUUAUUUCCGUGGAGAGGAUGUUCGCCAUCGGUUGGCCUCUUCGUCAUAGAACUGCAAACUUUCGUGUUUAUAUAUGUGCUAUUGCCCUACCGUGGAUCAUAGCAGCAAUAUUCGCUAUAACAUUUUUCGUUUUUGCAAACUUCAUCUUCAUGACAAGAGACAGCGUAAUCUACCCCAUAGUUUUGUUACCUGCAACACCUCUAUUAAUUAUGUGUGUAGCGUAUUAUGUUAUUUGGAGGAAACAAAAAUCAACAAUAUGUAACCAAAACAAUAUCAUCAGAGAGGUCAAAUUAGCAAAAACAUUAUUUUUGAUAACAGGAGCUUCUGUUUUCACCUGGCUCCCCUUCCAGAUUCUUAACCUGUUGGCAUAUUUGCAAAUAACCGCAAACUUUUCUCACAUGCUACUAAUGGUACUCAUUAUCAGGGUUUUGCAAUAUAGCAAUUCGUUCGUGAACGUAAUUAUUUAUCCAUUAAGAAUUCCAGAAUUUAAAAACUACCUGCUACACUUACUUCGUUGU